UUCUGGAGUUUUAAAUUUUCAAAACAAGUUUGCCCCUUGUGACACGGCACGCUGAUUGACUAGGGUUGGUUGGUCUUGGUAAAGGCUGCAUUUCACAUUUCUUGAAGAAUUGUAAUCAGACUUUCGAGAUACAAUGGCGAGUCUCGAGGAGAACUUGAAGACUAUGCUUAGAAUCUUCAGGAGAGAAUGCCACCGAAUUCUGGAAUCGGAGAGGACGACCAUUCGAGGUUCAGACGAGAUGCUUAUGUCCCUACAACUCACUAUGGCUGAAGUGAACAAACAGGAGAGUGGAGAAUUUGGCGUUGCCCUGAGCGACGUCCUCCUGUGCUGGAAGAGCUUGCUGCUGGACCGUCUCCAGCUACCCGACGGCGGGUCACCGCGCCCGGAAAACUACGAGCUUGUGCGGCGAGAGUAUGAGUGCUUCAUGAAGCGCACCAACACUGUGGACCUGAUCGAUGUCUACUUCAUGUAUAAACAGCUCAGGCUGGAUACUGACCCUGAGGAGCUAUUCACCCCAACCCAGCUGCUGCAGUUCCUCCUGGGUUCUCCAGACUGCUCAGAGGAGAGGAGCUCCAUCCCCCCAUGCCCGUCCACCCCCUCCUCUAGCCAGCCCAGGCCCUGCACUGCACAGAUGCGGAGGGUGGCGAGGAGAGUGUUCUGUUCCUACCUGGGCCUUCUGGUCAAUUCCAAGAAUGACCUGUCUCUGGCCAACGUGUUGGACAGUCCCUGCCGUGCUCUUGGACGCACAGCCUUCACAGACAUCAAGCACGCGGCUCGGAACAGUCAAACCUCCCUAUUCCUGGCCGUGACCUCCUUUGUGCGGGCAAUUCAGCUGGGCGGUAAAGGUUAUGCCCCUGCUGAGUCUGACCCACUUAGGAGGCACCUGAAGGGCCUGUGUGAGUUUGUCCACUUCACUGACCAGCUGGAGGAGCUGCUGGGAGAGUCCCCGGAACCCAGUGUGGCCGGAGCUAAGCUUGUGGCCCGCAUGCGUACGGCUCUCCUGAAGGGUUGCAGCAGUGGAGACCCCGUCUAUACGGCGGUGGAUGAUGCGGCGAACGUGCUCAAGGAACGCAUCGGUCAGAUCCAUAGCGCUCACCAGCAGUCGGCUCUCACAAUGGGCAUCAGCCCUGCCAGGCCUAGAGCGUACGCCAUCAACCAUGCGACAGCUUACAUCGGCCGGGACACGGUCAAGGUGCUCAUGAAUCUGCUGGAUGAGGAGGCUCUGGCGCCGACCUGCAGGAACAAGGCAGAACUGCUCACUGAUGACCAAUCAGUGCUCAGUGGAGCAGAGGGAACUUCCCUUCUCAGUCUUUACAAGUCUCCAGAGGUGGUGACUGGGACCUCUCCAAAGCCCUUACGCAGUCGCGUCCAGGCAGCACAGGCCAAAGGAAAGGUGAAGGAGCGAGGCCUGCGCUCUCAGUUUGCCUGCACGUACGUUGAGGUGGACGACCCACCGCUGAACCGGGUUCUGGACUUCCCCAGCACCAGCCAGCUGCCCACCUGCAAGCACCCUGCUCCGAAGCGGCCGCUGCACCGCCCAGCGCUGGUCACAGACUGGGGCAGGGAUUCCGAGAACCAGGAGUCUGCUGUACCGAAGGAAUCACAUGGGCUAGAUAACGGUGAUGCGAACCCUCCAGCAGGUGCCAACCAGAAGGUUAACACGGUCUCCAUAGCAGCCCUGGGAAGUCGCCAAGGUAACGCCAAAGCCGGAGUAGCCAAGGAAACCCAGAAAACGACGACGAACAAAAAGAGUGACACCCCCUUAAAUGCCCCUGCCCUGGGGGGAAAGAGCAUGAAACGCAAGCAGGUGGACGGGGCAGACCUGGGCGGCGAAGAGAACCAACCGCCAGCCAAGAGACCCCCUCUAAAAGUCCCUGGUGCCGCACCGAUGGGCAAGAAGAGCACCAAAGCCCCCACUAAGAAACUGAUCGCUGGGCAGGGCAAACUCACCGGCUUCUUCCGGGUGUAGCUGUGCCCUGUACUGCUCAGACUAGCUGGCUGUGAUUUUAAUCAGCAAAGUCUUUAUUUAUUCUUGCGUCAUUGUUUCAUUGCUUUGAUGUAACGGUGAAGGUUCAUAAGAUGUAAUAUAUUGUUUUCUCAGUAUGAAGUAGCUGUUUGAGGUAUUGUCCUCUUGCUAGAUGAAUUGGGCUCUUCCACAACCACCCCCCCCCCCCUGUGUGAAUAUGGUAUGUUGUCCCUAAGUAACAUUGUUCUGUGAUGGAUUGAUUGGUUAUGAUUCAUUUAUCCCUCUUGUCCACCGCUCCAGUUGUUUACUUCAUUGUUUAGUUGUAUUAAUACACAAUAUACAUUACAUCAUCAUGACCCCUUUGACGUUUGCCAGCCCUAGAUUCUAAGUGUGUGUAUGAAUGCACAGUCCUUGAAACAAAGCAGUCAAAACCCUGCAACAUUUCUUUUAAAUAAAGUUUUAUUUUUGUUGUUA